GCCAAGCCCCGCCUCCCUCCGCUGCCGAUUGGAUCAGGUGGCCCGCCCUGCCAAAGCCAUUGGGCGACCCGGGUGUCAAUCAGCCCACAGUCGGCGCCGCCUGAAGUUUUCCGAGUCGAUCAAGCGGGUCGUCGUCGUCGUCGGCCGAUCCGGUGUCGUGGGGCUGAGGCGGCUGCGAGCAGGCUGGGGUCUGCGGCCUGCGGCGAUGCUGCGCGCUGGGGCCGGGGCCGGGGCCGCCCCGGGGGCCGUGAGCCUGCAGCUUCGGUUCAGCAACGUCAGGGACUGCUUCCUUCACCUGGCCUCCCGGCCCGUGUCCCAGCUGCGGCUGCAGGAGUGCCAAGCAAUUGAAUUGUCCUGGGAUCUUGAGCAGAGAGCAUUCCUAAGCUGGGUGGGACGCAGAUCUACUGGAUUUGAAGAAGAAAAUGUUGUAGAGAUCAGUAGACAUCUUGGACAAAAACUUGGCAUCAAAGAUGGAGAACAGGUAUUUCUCAGGGCUUGUGCACAAGUCUCUUCCUGUCAACAAGCAGUUGUGGAACCUCUGUCACCUGAUGACUGGGACAUAUUGGAGCUCCAUAGUACAUCACUUGAGAGACACAUCAUGGACCAGAUCAGGAUAGUCUUUCCUGGAGGAAUAUUUCCAUUGUGGGUAGAGAAACAUACUGUAAUAUAUUUUAAAGUUGGCUCUAUAACACCUGCUGCUACAUACGGAAGGUUGGAACCCUACACUGAACUCAUUGUCUCACCCAAACUGCGCCACAUUGAAGAAAAUUCUGAAAGCAACGUUUUAAGUGAAGAUUUCAACUUGAACAGUAACAGAAUACACCCUGAAAUAUUAGAGAAGUCCAGGAUUGAGUGUUGUUCCAAGGGUUUGUGUAGUCAACAUGGAAUGAAUGAACAACGUACAACGACACCUCAAGACAUUUCCCGGAAAAACAUCAUAUCGGAUAUAUGGCAUUUGAUAAGAAGUAUAUUCCCUGUAAAUUCGGAAGUCCCAGAAAACCAUCCUUCCAAAGCUACUGACCUAGAUGAAUUUUUAAGCACCUUUUCCAGGUCCAUUGAAAUAGAUUCAAUAUUCAGAGUAUGUAAAGGAUUUCCUUAUAAUUCAGAGGUUCAUGACUCAUUACCAUGGAACCAAAGGCAGCCUGAUACAGUUCAUAUCUUUCCUUGUCAUGAAGAUGUGCUUACUCUGAACAGCAGUGAUACACAGAUUAUUUAUGGAAAACUAACAAAGCUUUUGUCACAUAGACAACACAAAGAACUAUCCAAGCAAGAUGUACAAACAAAGAAAAAUGCAGUUAGUGAUGGAAGUGACACAAAAAACAGAAUGACCAAAACAGAAGAAAAUGAAUCCUGCGUAGUUAAAAUAAUUACUCAUGGGUAUGAACAUCUAAUAUUUAAAUCUGCAGGUUUUCACACUGGAAAAGUUUGGAUUCCAGAUAGAUUGAGGAAGAAGCUGAAAGUGGAGGCAUCUGCUGCAGUAAGGAUAACUUCAUUAAAAUUAGAUCCAUUUCUUCCAACCAGUAUUCGGUUGCAACCAUUGCAAAAACUGCCAGAGGAGAUUAAAGACGAUGAUGUUAAAUCCUCCUUCAUCUCAUGGCUCAGUAAUGUCAGCUCUGACAAUUUCCCAUUUUUUGCAGCAUUAUCAAAUCUUGUGGGAAUACAGGUUGCUGAACGGGAGAUUGAAUUUAUGCUGUUUGUGGAACAAGUUGUAGGAAAGUCAAAAACUGAAGGGAAUGAAUGCUUUUUAUUGUAUCCCAGCUUAAUUAACAAGGUUGAUAUAAAGGUGAUUAUACAGCCUCCAGUAAAUGACUCCAUUGAAGUAAAGACUGUGGAUGAUAUUGACCAGAUGUUGCCAUUUCACAAAUUGAGUUGUUUAGGUGCAGUUCAUGAGCUUGCCACAUCAGCCUUUGAGCACAUCUCUCUCAGCCUAUUGGGCCAGCCACUUUCUUGGGAAAUUGCCUCUGCUGCACAAGGUCUCCGCAGUGGGGCUCUGUUACUUACAGGAGUAAAGGGUAGUGGGAAAACUACUUUAGCAAAGGCUAUCUGCAGAGAAGCAGCAGAUAAACUGGAAGCCCAUGUGGAGAUUAUCGACUGUAAAACUUUGCAAGGUAAAAGGGCUGAAACUAUUCGUAAGAAAUGGGAGGAAGCUUUCAUGGAAGCAGCAUGGAGACAGCCUUCUGUAGUUCUGUUGGAUGACUUGGAUCAUAUUGCUGGUUGUGUCUCUGCUUCUGAACAUGAACACAGUGCAGAGGCUAUUCUCAGCAGGCAGCUUUCUCAAAUCUUGAAGUAUUUGGUUGCUGAAGCAGUUUCACACGGGACUGUCAUUGCACUGAUGGUCACAAGCAUUUCUGAGCAUUCCCUGCAUCCCUCCCUAGUUUCUGCUGAAGGAUCUCACCUAUUUCAGUGUAUUCAGAAUAUUCCACUUCCAGACCAGGAUCACAGAGUACAACUAUUGACCUCUGUAAUUCAAAAUAAGACUAUUAUUUCAUUGAAGACGUUACAGAGCAUUGACUUUCAAAAACUGGCUAAAGCUACUGAAGGCUUUGUAGCAAGAGAUGUUGUCAUGCUGACGGAGCGAGCUCUGCACUCACAUUUAUUAACUGGCAAAAACAAAGAACAAGAAGUACAUUUGACAACGUUGAACUUUCUGCAUGCCCUUGAUGGAUUUGUACCAACUUCUCUAAGAAAUGCUAACCUUCACAAACCCAAAGAUUUGGGCUGGGACCAAAUUGGAGGUCUGCAUGAAGUCAAGGAAAUCCUUAAAGAUACCAUUCAAUUAUCUGUCAAGUAUCCGCAGCUGUUUGCAAAACUACCCAUCCGAAUGCAAUCCGGAAUCCUGCUGUAUGGAGCACCAGGAACGGGAAAAACGUUAUUAGCCAGUGUCGUCACCAAGGAGAGUGGAAUGAACUUUAUUAGUAUUAAGGGCCCUGAGCUGCUGAGCAAAUAUAUUGGUGCAAGCGAACAGGCAGUUCGUGAUGUUUUCAGUAGGGCAGAGGCAGCCAAACCUUGCAUUCUUUUCUUCGAUGAGUUUGAUUCCAUUGCACCUCGCCGGGGCCAUGACAACACUGGGGUGACUGAUAGAGUCGUUAACCAACUGCUCACACAAUUGGAUGGUGUAGAAGGCUUGCAAGGAGUCUAUGUUUUGGCUGCCACAAGUCGUCCAGACUUGAUUGAUCCUGCUUUGUUGAGGCCAGGUCGUCUCGAUAAAUCUGUGUACUGCCCGCUUCCUGAUCAGGUGGCACGCUAUGAGAUUCUGAAGGCAUUGAGCCAGACUUUACCUUUAGCGGAUGAUGUUGACUUCCAGCAAAUAGCAAGCAUGACAGAAUACUUUACUGGGGCUGACCUGAAGGCUUUGCUCUGUAACGCCCAGCUGGAUGCCAUUCACAGCUCUCUGUCUAGUGUACUACGAGAUGCACAUUCAGGCUCUGAUAGUGAUGUGAGCUUAUCUUCCAUGAUCUUCUUGAAUCAUAGCAGUGGUUCUGAUGAGUCUGUGGGGGAUGUAGAAGGAGGUUUUGAACACUCCCCGGUUUACCUGGAUACCAGUGAAAUAGUACCUGAUGAUCCAUGCCCUAAUAUCUGGCGCCUUUAUUUCGGUAGCUCGUACGAAUCAGAACUGGGAAAUGGAACCUCUUCAGAACAGAACUCUCAAUGUUUGUCAGGACCAAACUCCCUGACCCAUGAUCACACCAUUACAUCUGCAAGGGACACCAUAUCUUCUCACCUCCCUUCAUACAUGUUGUCAUUGCAAGAAGGAUACCAGGAGCUGACUCAGGAGCAAGUAGAACAACUAUGGAUUGAGCUAAACACUAUUAAAGCAAAUUUGAAGAACAAGAACAUGGAGACCACUGCUCACAAUCAAUUGGGACCCAACAAUACUUCACAACUGAUUUGCCAAUCCCACUUACUGACAGCACUUGCAAGUACAAGACCCUCUAUCAGUCUGCAAGAAUGGCGUAACUUCACUGAAAUGUAUGAGAACUUCCGAAGAUCGAGAGACCACAAGCAGAGCACAGUCAUUGUUAAGCCUGGACAAAGAGUUACUUUGGCAUAAGAAUUUACUUUUUAAAAUCAAACUCUAUUCAAGAACAUAUUACAAGUGGACUAGAAACCAAAGUUAAGCUGAAAUAUACUUUCCAAGAUGUUAUUGUCAUUGCUGCUUUAAUUUAAAACAAAUGUAUUUUUUUUUACAGGGGAAUGUGUGCAACAGAUGUUUUGCCUUGUAAUUCAAUGUAAUUGCUUCGUAAUUAAAUGCUUUG